AAGUUACCAGGAAAUAUAAUAGAGCCCAUUGUACAGCCUAUACAACUUCGUGUCGCACUCUACGCCUAUAUUCGAAGUGCACAAUUCUUAAUUCUUCAAUAUCCAAUUGCUAGGUAUGGCGCCUCGGUGACGGAUCGCUGGAUGUCAACAAUACCGGAGAGUAGCAGCUCUUGCGCGGCCUCGGUGGCCUCAAACUCAACGCCAUGUCCGCCUCAAACCCUCGAAAGUCCCCCGGGAGUUCCACGUCCCCGCUAUCUCAUGGGCAAAGCCAGAGCGAAUAUGCGUUCCCGCGAUACGAUCCUCCCUCUAGAAAUAGCUCUACCACCCGCUACAACUCCCGGCGCCUGUCGACGGCGAGCUCCGUAACGUCAAUAGGAGGGGCCCUGGACUCCUCGUCAGGACCGUGGUCGGAAACAGUGAGAGAAGCAGGACAGAAUGCUAUAUCGACACUCCUGCAGCCGCCAAUUGUGAGAACAGGCCUAAUCGCCCAUACUUCAGCUCCAGUGUCCAGUGCGCAUAAACCACCGACCGCUCGAGAUAUCCCGCCAGUAACGCUCACAAAUAUCCCCCAUGUUGAUCCGGCGGAAUUCAAGCCGUAUCUGGCGCAGAUUAGCGCACUCUCGGACUCCCUACAGCGGGCGAAGGAUAGCGAAGACGAGGAGGGAUUGCGGAUAAUACGACGGGGGGGUAAUAAGAGUGACGAGUUUGCGGAUUUACUGGAAUCAAACGAUAAAGGAGAGCCAGAUAUAUCGAGGCAGUCGUCCUUGGCGUCAUUGUCAUCGUUGACACCCAAUGAUUCGCAAUCACCCAGAAGACGUUCAAGUGCUGGACCUGGGAAACGAGCCGCCCAAGGUCCUGCGCCCCUCGCGACAAUACCCACCGUUUAUUUCGACGAUGACUUUCGUCUUGAGAAUCCUCGAAUUUUUGACGUCGUCAGCGAACGGUCGGAAGUCGUCCGACCAGCUCCAGGGGCGCCAGAAGAGCGAAAACAGUCAAACGGAAAUGUAGCCGGCCCCAGAAAGGCUCUGGCGACAAACGCAAUAUUACAAGAGAAACUAUCGUGGUAUAUGGACACAAUCGAGGUGCACUUGAUUUCCGCAAUCUCGACUGCAUCCUAUUCCUUUUUUGCUGCUCUCGGCUCGUUGCGUGAGCUACACUCUGAAGCUGCAGAUUCCGUCGCCAGAAUAAAGCAGCUGCGUGACGAGUUGGACGAACUUGACAAGGAGAUGGCAUUGGGAGGCAUGGAGAUUGUCAAGCAAAGACGUCGACGAGAGAAUCUCAAACAGCUGGCAGAUGCCGUUCAGCAGCUAAAGUCCGUCGUAGCUGGCCUAGGCCUUUGUGAAUCCUACGUCGAAAGUGAUGAGGUGGAGCGAGCACUUGACACGAUAGAUGCCCUUGAGAGGCUUAUCCAUGGCGAGCAGCUGCAAGGAGAUGCCAAAGUGCUGGAUGUUCCCGUGCAGGACCAACUGCGCGACCUUUCAGGGGCAACAGCUUUACAAGGAGUCGACAAUGAUCUCACUGUUCUGCGGUUUCGAAUUGGUAAGACAUUUGAAUCGAGAUUUAUCAAAUCAAUGCUUAGCGACAUCAGACAACACAUUGAAUCCACGCCGGUCAACGAUACCCUACAACGGUGGAGCAAUGCUUCACAAAGGACGCGGGGCGGGCAUAAUCGCGAGAAGUCCGCGUUUCCUUCGUACUUGACGACGAACAACGAGUUCAGAGCCGAUCUGUUAUCAAAUAUCAAUGGUCUCUAUCGGGCUAACCACACAUCUUCGGCUACGACAGCAUAUCGCGAUGCUGUCUUGCACGAGAUAAAAUCGAUCAUCAAACGGCCAUUACCUAGCUCCAAUGACGAUGAUACGGAUUCCGUGAUGUCAAUGUCUACUGUGGGGGGAAACAAACCACGCAGCCAACAAGACAGAUCUGCUAUCCUGGCUCGCAAUUUACGGAAUUUAGAUCCCGAGUCAGCUGAAGAGACUCUGGUGAAGAUUUAUAUUGGUGUCGGAGAAACCCUGAGGAGAGUGGGAACUCAAGUGAAGGUGCUACUUGAUGUAACAAGUACAUUGGAUGGAUCAUCACCGGGUUCGCCUCCUCCAGGGUCGCCUUCAAUAGGAGGACCCAGGUCACCCCCUCGGACACCAAAUCUUGGGUCAAUUGAAGACCGUGUUAGCGGUGGCAAGGCGACCGAGGAAAGGAGACAUAUACAGGAGGAGUUACAUCAAGCCCUCGACAUGUCGAAUCUUCUUGGCCAAGUCGUGGAUAUUGCACAGAACCAGAUCGUCAAGGUACUCAGAGUCCGCACGGAGCAAAGCGUCCGCCAACAGCCGACACGAUUCCUGCGAUACUUCACGCUCAACCUUCUCUUUGCCAACGAAUGCGAAGCUGUAUCAGGCAGGAGCGGAACAGUUCUGAAGAAUGUCGUGAACAAUCAGAUCAAAGACUUCAUACAACUCCUCAGCAACUCGCAGCAGCAAGCCCUAGCUCAAGGAAUGGACGCCGACCUCUGGGCCGCAAAAGACUUCACCGAGAGCGACGGCGUCUACCUAGAACGCAUCCUCGAAGGCAGCGAUCGCGACCCCGCCGCCUGGAGCAUCGGCAGCAAAGUCUGGCUCCCCUACGACGAAUCCAACGACUCCACCCUCCCCGACGGCGCCCCCACCCCCGCCGACCCCUCCCAAACCGCCUCAGCGCGCGAGAAAAUCCGCCCCGCAACCAUCGAGGCAGAGACCUUCCUCCUCCCCGCGUCCGCCAUCAUCUGCCUCCGCGGCCUCUCCCCCUACCUCGAGCUCAUCACCGGUAUCCCCUCUCUCACCUCGGAUGUCUCCCCCCUCCUCCUCGCCUACAUCCAACUCUUUAACAGCCGCUGCACGCAGCUCAUCCUCGGCGCCGGCGCCACUAAGAUCGUCGGCCUCAAAAAUAUCACAACCAAGCACCUCGCGCUCGCCUCACGCGCCCUUGGCUUCGUCGCAACGCUGAUUCCGCACCUCCGCGAAUUUGUGCGUCGGCACCUCGGCGCCGGCGCAUCGGCUGCGGGUCUAAUGGGCGAGUUCGACAAGGUGCGCCACGUGCUGCAGGAGCACCAGGCGAGCAUCUCAGAGAAGCUGGUUGAGAUUAUGGCAGGGCGCGCGACGCUGCAUCUGCGCGCCAUGCGGGCAAUUGUAUGGGACGAUGAUUCCGCAGGGGACAAGGCAGUGAGCGCGUACAUGGAUACACUUACCAAGGAGACGGGAACGUUGCAUAGGGUGCUGAGUAAGCAUAUGCCUGAGGAGACGGUGUUGGGGAUUAUGGAGCCGGUGUUUGGGAGUUAUAGGGAGCAGCUGGGGAAGGCGUUCCGAGAGGCUCCGGUGACGACGGAGAGGGGGAAGGAGAGAAUGCUCCGUGAUGCUCAGCACUUCGCCGCUAAAAUCAGCAAGCUUGAUGGCGCUGGCGAUUUGGGAGAGUCUAUUCUCACCACGGCGACGAAUAGGACGCUUCCUGUUGCUGAAGUGUCUGCUGCCACUACAGCCGCUGCGGUCACCGAGGCUGCGGCCGCAACGAGCCCCGAAGCGCCUCUGCCGCCUACACCAGUAGUGGAGAUCAGUGGAUCCCCGCCUAACCCGCCAUUACCGAUUUCACCUGACGAAGUUGUAAAUGAGGUGGUGAAUGGGGAUGUAGCUGUAGCGAACGACGCGGUGGAGAGCGAGACCCUUAUUAUCGAAAGCCCUGGUGUGGAGAGCGAGGAAGCUGCGGAAGUGGAAGGAGAGACCGAGUCGGGGAUGAAGGACGGGAAAGAUGUGGAGGAGAAGGGCGCGAAGGCGUGAGAUGGUCCAUGAAUAUUUUGGUGUGGAUGAGGAUGAGACGAGGAUUUUUGUGUAUUGUAGAUACCACCGAUGAUACGAGCGAGGUAGUUGUUUGUGACGGAGUAGCUGAAAAUAUAGAUGAGGGAUUGAACUAUGGUAUGGCCUUCAUUUCCGUCUUAUUUGUCUUGGGCUGAGCAUGGGAUAUUGAUCCGUGUGCAGACAUACUAACCCCCCCUCCCACGCCACUUCCCACAAAUACCACAUCUGUACCCUGCACCCUUGACGUUUAUUUAACCUUUGG